AUGGGUCGCUCAAUCUUUGCCGUCGCAGCCUGCGUCGCGUCUCUCCUCGCCUCCGUCUCUUCGGCCCAGAUAUCCUGCCCAGCCAACAACGGCAGCUUGUACGUGUCGGCCGGCGUGACCUUCCAGGUCGAAUGCAACGUCGAUCGCUACGGCAGCGACACCCUCCUCGCCUACACCAACACUUACAACGCUUGCUUGGAUCAAUGCGCCGCUCGCGGAUCCUGCGUGGAUGUGUCAUACGUACCCGGCAGCCCAGGCCCAUGCUACAUGAAGAACGGCGUCAACCCGCCGCAGUCGAACAGUGCCGUCAUCGGAGGCCGCGCCGUCCUUAACGUGCGCCCGGCUUUCUCUUGCCCCUUCGCCAACGGCUUGCUGUACAUCACCCCGAACGGCAACACCUACAAGAUCGACUGUGACAAUGACCACUACGGUGGCGACUUCACCAACAACCCCUACUCCGCCAACAGCAUCGAGUCGUGUGCUGCGCUCUGCGACUCGAACUCGGGAUGCAAGGGUUACGUUCUCAGCGGCACGAACUGCUACCUCAAGACUGCCUACGGCUCCGCGACGUCGCGCAUGGGUCUUUCGGCCGCGAAGUGCAUCUUUGGUUGCUAA